CGCGCGUCUGUCCGAAGUAAAAGCCAUUCUGGAUGAAUUGACAAUUUACAUGCCAGUCUACAAUAGAAAUAAAAAAAGUUGUUGCGUUCUAGUUUUUUUUUUUGUUGCGGAAUCGGAAUGCGAUCGAUUCAUUAAUGUGAACGCUAGCUUGCGGCGAACAGUCAGACAAAUGUAACCAAUCGGAGUCCGAUACGAUACGCAUGCCCAAUUCCAACGCCCUCGGAGAUGUUUUCCCGCGUUCGGAGUAACAUUUAACCGCGAAAACUACUGGCACAGCAGUGUCAGGUGGCAUUUUUGGUGCGUCAGGUAUUUGCAGCAAGCUAAAAAGUCAAGUAUGAUAUUCUCACAAGGUUGAGUUCGCGUGUAUGCUAAUCCGUUUGCACUUAGACCCUCUUACCUAUCAGUAAUCUUAGAUACCGCAUUUAUUCGUGACAAAUAAAGGAAAAGGUGCGAAAUGUCAUUGGUACAAUCGACGAUACCGUUCAACGUGCGGAAGAAGACUUCCAAAACGAAGUCAUUUUAUGGAGUGAAAGAAGAUUCAGUCAAACAAGAUUUUACCAACGCGACUCUCAGGAGCAUUCCAGAAACCAAAUACACCCCUACCGUUAAAAAAAUUGUUACUCUAAGCAGUAGUGACUCUGACUCGGAUUCCGAUACAGAAAAUUCAGGAGUGAUUAGAGGCAAUUACCGAAAUGCAAGAAGAAAAAGGACUACCAAUUGCAAUGCUACGACCCCGAGAAGAAAUCAGAAGACUGCUGCAUCUGAUGACGAAAAUGAAUCCACACCACCAAAGCAAAGAAAAUCUUCAUCGCCAUCCACACCAUCUAGUUUAUUAAGUCUGUUGGAUUUGGAUAAAGUUACCGAAGAUAAAGAACAACUACAGCCAAAACGGCUAUUUCCAUCAAUGAAAUUUCAAAGUGCUCGCAAAGCCUUACACAGUUCGACUCCAGUGAGUUUACCUGGUAGAGAAGCUGAACUGAAAGAAUUGAGAGACUUUCUGUCAGAUCGUUUGAAAAACAAUGGUUCUGGGUCUCUGUACGUUUCAGGACCCCCUGGAACGGGUAAAACUGCUUCAUUAUCCAGGAUUAUGCUUGAGCCAGACUUCAAGACGUCAUUCACAGUGAUCUACGUUAAUUGUACCGCAAUGAAGUCUGCGGUUGCUAUUUACGCAAAAAUUAUUCAAGACUUAGGCCUGGAUGUCGGAAAAAACGAAAAAGCAAACAAGGCAAUCAUUGAGAACUAUUUGACGAGGAAACACAAGAUGCUGUUGCUAGUUCUUGACGAAAUUGAUCAACUAAAUAGUAGGAAACAGUCAGUUUUGUACACGAUAUUCGAGUGGCCUUCCAGACAAGAUUCCAAACUUGUUUUGAUAGGGAUAGCAAAUGCCUUGGACCUCACAGAUAGGAUCCUGCCAAGAUUGCAAGCUAGGUGUGAACUAAAACCUCGAUUGAUGCAUUUUGCACCUUAUUCUAAACAGCAGAUCGUUGAUAUCAUUACGGCAAGGCUCAACGAAGCAAAUGUGUCAGAUGUUUUCAACGGAAUGGCUGUGCAAAUGCUAGCUGGAAAAGUUGCAGCAAUUUCCGGAGAUAUUAGAAAAGCAUUAGACAUCAGCAGAAGGGUCAUAGAGAUUGCAGAGACUCAGAGAGUCCCUCAAGUUCUGCAGCCUUGUAACAACAAUGAUAACAACAAAGUAGGAAGCCCUAGCAAACAGCAUCAGGUCUUUCAAGAGAAGCCGGUAGCCUUAACGGAAGUUGUUACAGUUUUGAACAGUGUCUAUGGAGGUGCGCAGAACAUCAAUAAUGAAGAGAGUAUAUUUCCACUCCAACAGAAGUUGCUACUGUGUUCCCUGAUGUUGAUUUUAAACAAGGGUAAAAAUAAGGAUGUUACAAUAGGAAAGCUGCAUGAAGUGUAUAAAAGAGUUUGCAAGAAACGAAAUAUUCCCGCCGUUGACACUUCGGAGUUUGUCAGCCUAUGUUCGCUUGUCGAAACCCGGGGAAUUCUGAAAAUAUUUGGGAAGAAGGAGCCAAGAUUAUCGAAGAUUCAUCUUCAGUGGGACCAGGACGAACUUGGACUUGCUCUGCAGGAUAAACGCAUGAUGACAGAAAUUUUAGGAGACGUAUCUUGCUUGUGACAUAAUCGUGAAAACUAUCCGCCAAAAUCAACUUGCCCAUUUUCGUUUGACAAUUUUAAAUUAUCGUUAAGUUUGACCACGAAAUAAGCUAUUAUUUUUACUACGACAAUGUGAAAUUGCUUGUUACUACUGUGACUGAUCUUAUUUUUAUGAUUUUUUAAAUUAAUCGUUGGAUUUUAGUUAUCUUGUAUACAGCUGAUCUGCAUUAUCGACAAAUACAUGAAUUCCAUAAA